CACUACGAAACAAGAGCCGAUUUCAUCUCAGAUUUACUUCCCUUUAAUCUCUCCUACUUUUAAUGAUUUUUUUAUUUCUUUCUCCUUUUGCCACAAUUUUUUCUCCACCACUUUUUUCUUCCGUUUCUUAUAUAAGUUGUUAUCAAGCAUGUCUCUCUGUUUAAUAUGAUACACUAAACCUAGAAAGAAAUAAAAAUGUGUAGCAAAACAACCAUUGGAAACUAUGGAGAUGAUUACACUGGUCCGUGUCCGAAAAAACAGAAGAGUAAUAACAAUGGGAAAAGAAGAGUUCCUCGAAGAGGUCCUGGUGUCGCCGAACUCGAGAAGAUCCGUCUUGAAGAACAACACACACCACUUCCUCCUCAUCCUCCUCAGACGGAAAGACCUCCGUCCGUUGUUCUUCCAUCCUCCACCGUGAGAGCCGGUCCGGUUUACCCGUUCCCGUCUUAUUUUACAGCCGGAUCUUUCCCUAGUGAUCUGAUCCCUCCGGCUCCAGUUUUUCAAAGGAAUCAUGAUUCGUGUCUUCACUAUCUCCCACCGAUGAAUCUACCGAAUCCAGGGUUUUAUCAAUUCAUAGACCACCCUCCAAACCCAACAUCUAGCCAUAACCAUGAAAAGAUCGUGGCUGCAAAAAGGCCAUGGCAAGUUAUGGCAGAGUCUACAAGAUGUGACGUGGGACCGAUGGUAACAAUGUCAAGAAAUGGUAAACAAAUCAAGCCCGUUGACCAGAGAUUAAAAAAUCAUUUUCAAGAUUCAGGAACCACAUUUAGAAAUCCAAUCACCAUUGAUUCUCCUUCACCACCAAUUAUACCAAAUUCUUCACUCGGUUUCCCGCGCUUCAUGCAUCAUGAACAGAAGGAGGGGUUUAAUCCUGAAAGCAUGCCACAGAGGAGCAGUGCUAAUAGUUCCUCAAACAGAAAACCCUUCUACAGUUUCUUGCCAGCAAAUGAGCAGAGUAUUGACGAUCAAGAUCUUUCUAUUAGCUUGAGAACCGAGAGAUAUGACACAGUCACUGAUCACGGCAUUGAUCUUCGCCUUAAGUUAUAAGCAGUUGGUCUUUUAAGCAAUUUUUUUUUAAACUUCGAAUCUUUAUAUCAGUUUGUUGUUUUUGGGACUUUAAACACAUAUCAGCCAAAUAUUUGGCUUUGUAUUUGCUUUUUUUCUUUAAUAG